UGUGAGAGAAUCUUGUGAACUCGAGUUUUAUGUAGCAUAGUCAUUGGUUGCCCCAAACCCACAAGACAACCGUUAUUAUGGAUCAAGAAAUCAUCCUCGAGACUCUAACUCAACACCACCACUCUCUCUCUCCCACCACCACUUCCUCCGGCGGCUCUAGCUGGACUCCGCCUGCAUCCACCGCUACUUCCUCCUCCACCUCUUCGCCGUCUGCUGCCGACAGAAAACAAGCUACAACAAGCUUAAAAGAGUGGUCGAAAGCUCAAAAGAGCACAAAGAGAGCCCAAGCAGAAGAAGAUGAUAAGGGCGCCGCUGCUGAGAAACAAACGACUUACCGCGGCGUUCGGCGGCGGAGUUGGGGCAAAUGGGUGUGCGAAAUUCGGGAGCCGAGGAAGAAGUCGAGAAUAUGGCUCGGGACGUAUCCGACGGCUGAAAUGGCAGCUCGGGCACACGACGUGGCGGCUUUAGCCAUCAAGGGUGAAUCAGCUUACCUCAACUUCCCUCACUUAGCUCACCAGCUGCCCCGCCCUGCCUCCACCACGCCCAAGGACAUCCAAGCUGCCUCUGCUAAAGCCGCAGCUUAUACAUUCAUCAGCGCGGAAGCCGAGCCGAGCUCUCAUUCCUCCACAAAUUUGGAAUUGGAGAACAUAGAAGAAUCAUCGACUUCGGCUUCAAUGGCUCAUGACGACGACACAUUUUUCGACUUGCCAGAUUUGUCCCUGGAUAGCACAGAUCACAGCAGCCCAUAUUGUUAUAAUUUUGCUUCGUCGUGGCAGCUGGCUGGAGCCGACGUUGGAUUCCGGCUUGAAGAUCCGUUUCCAUGGGAGUGCUAUUAAAAGUAAUUAAUUAAAUUAUUGAAAUCUCUUCUUUUUUUGAAAAUUACACUUGUCAGAAUAAAACAUUAUUCAAUUCGUGUAUACUAAAAAAUAAAUAAAUUAUUAUUAUACUUUUUAUAUAAUUAAUUUGAUCAAUAUAAUUAAAAUUUUCUUGAAAUUAUUAUUUUUCUAGUUCAUUUACUAUUGUUAGUCAAUCUUUCCGUUCAGGAGGAGCUCGACGUGCAACUAAUGUCUCUCAUGUAAUUUUCUUUUUAUUAUUGAGUGAAUAGCAAU